AUGCGGUUGCACCAGGUGCAGGCGUUCUACUGCUUGCGAGGUUGUUGCGGAGCUGUCAGUGCUUGUUGUGAAGCAUGCUUCUGCGAUGCAGUCCAAAGCUCUUGCGGUCACAGAAUAGCCAUCCUGACGUUUUGCUUUUUGGCUGCUGCGAGUGGGAUGUUUCACGCAUCCGUGGCUGUGCUGCCAUCGUCUACCUGCAUGUACGCCGUCCUGCUGGGCUUCGCAGCAUGGCUGCGCAAGCGCUUUGCGUUGGGACUUGCUUGCGGGUCGUUCGCCGUACUGCUGGGUAUGGCUGUCGCCGUUCCGAUGUUCGUGCCCAUGGGCCUCGCAGCACUGGCUCCUCAGAAUCUGGGUUUCUGCCGCGUUCUGGGUAUUGCUAUCGGCGCGCUCUUGUUUUUUGCUGUUCUUCCCUCGCUAGUGGACUGGAGCUACUACGGCACUCGGUUGCCUGUCUGGGCGAUGGGCAACCACUUACUGUACAACUUCGGAAUCGGUGGUGGUGGGGGUGCUGGUGCAGAUCUGUAUGGGACAGAGCCAUGGACGUUCUAUGCAAAGAACCUUCUGCUGAACUUUAACCUUGUUGCGCUGUUGGCGUUGCCGGCCCUGCCGUGCUGCCUUCGCAGACGGCAGCAUGCAAUUGUGAUAUUGCCAAUGUACAUCACGCUAGCAAUGUUUACGAAGAUGGCACAUAAGGAAGAGCGCUUUCUGACAAUGUUGUACCCGCUGCUGUGCCUAUCCGCAGCCAUGACGGUGGACACGCUUCUAGCUGGUGUAGAAAAAGUCGUCAGUUUACUCCUGCGAGAAGAUGACGCUUCAUGCACGCGGACGUGGAGAACGAGCAAGGUGGUGUCAUCAUUGAUGGCCGCGGCUUGUGUCAUGGUGUUUGCGGUCACCUCUGUUUCCAGAAGCGCUGCUCUUCACUUCCACUUCAUGGCGCCGCUGCAAGUGUACGAGAAGCUGUACCGGCAUGGCUCUGACGCCCUUUCCUUUCCAGCCAUUGCCGGGCAGGGCGGCCUCUGUGUGGGUAAGGAGUGGUAUCGCUUUCCCUCGAGCUUUUUCCUGCCAAGCUCAGAGGCAGAAACUUUGCCACUUCUCUGGGUCAACUCUUCCUUCGAUGGGCAGCUGCCGAGGCCAUUUGCUGCUUGGCCCGAGGGCUUGUGGCAGGUGCCUCCAGACAUGAAUGAUCGGAACCUGCGGGAACCUUCGCGGUAUCAUCAUGAGGAAGAAUGUAGCCUUCUCGUGGACCUGGUCCUGCAGGAUCAGAAAGAGGAGCCUCCAGAUUCUGCAACAUGGGAAGAGAUGCACUGCCAGCCCUUCCUGGAUUCCAGUGAAGACUGUGCGGUAUGCUUCGAGGCCCCUCCGAUUGCUGUGCCAGACGUGCCAGCUAUGGCAGCGGCCAUGUAUGUGGCGAUGGCAGCAGGCCUCUUCCAAAAAUGGGCCCCAGCGACCUUGUCCAUUGUGCCUGGGGCCAAAGCUGUCGUGACGAUUCUUGUGGCAAUUUCUGUCAGUGGUCGACCUGAAACUUGGCUGCUCAGGCCGUCAGUCGCGACCUCGGACAACCUGGUCAGUCACUGUAUUGGCUUUCACCAUUUCCUUGCAGAAGCCUGUGGACCAUUCUUGGAUGAGGCCUUGGCAGUCCGCAACGUGUAUCCCCCGGCUUUUCUGCAGCUGCUUCCGCCAGCUGUUGCUGAACCUCCUGCAGGCAUGUGCCACCAGGUGGAAUAUGCAAAGCUGAUGGGCAUCAAGCUGGAAGAGACUGGUGACACUGCCAGCAUGUACAGCAGCAUCGUGUCUGACUCGACUGCAACAUCGUCAAAGAGAACCGAUGGUCAUCAGGUGCAGGGCAAUGGUGGCAAUGGUCAUGGCAUGCUGAGAUGGAUUCUUAGCGCUGGGCUGCGGCAGCUGACCGCCCGCAGCCUAGCAACGCUUGACACUGAGAGGGGGACGAUGGAUGGUUUGCCGGCCAUACUCGGCAAGCCCUUCCAGCCAGCCCUGGAAAGGUAUUGCCGGGUGGAACCUCCGCUGCGACGGGAGGAGCUGCAGGAGCUAAAGUCCUUGCUCGCGGCCAAGAAGACUUUGGACACGAGCAAAGCCAAAUGCAUGGGGAAGGACGGGAAGCCCACUGGGACAUUUAGCGCCUCAGCAGCCAACGCCAAGGGCGAUCAUACCGGAUCCAGCAUGUUCGGGAGCUGGCUACGCGACAACUGCAUUAUUGCCUGGGGCUUGUUUUACACUGACCCAGAGGGGCCAGGCUCCAAUGAUGCUGUUGCCUGCCUCAAUUCUAUCGCACGAUUUCUUUUGAAAUAUCAAAGCCACAAAAUGGAGCUGGUUAUCAAUGGCUUGAAGGAUGUCAAAGGAGAUGAGAAGACCUGGAUGGAUCGACCUCACAUACGCUUUAUUGGUGAGACCGGGCUGGAGGACCCUAAAUGGUACAACCACAAGCAGAACGAUGCUUUGGGGUAUUUCAUGUGGGCCCGAACCCAGCUAGCGUGGCACAAGAAGCUGCCCUUUGACGGAGAACACCUCAAGCUCAUGGGUCAGCUUUUCGAUUAUUUGCGGGCGAUCGAAUCCUGGGAAGACUUGGAUGGAGGCCACUGGGAGGAGCACUCCGCGGUGCAUGCGUCCUCCAUCGGGCCCCCACUGGCAGCGGUAAAGCUCUUCAAGAAGGUUGCUGCCAGGGAUGGUUUCCUGCCACCAUGCAAGAGCGACACGUUAGACGUCUUGGAGUCCAAUCUCCAGUCCGCGUUGGCGAAAAUUCUUCCAAAUGAGAUAAUUUUCCCCACGGACCUGGCAAGAGAUUCCGACUCCGCGACCGUUUUCCUAGCCUAUCCCCUGGAGGUGGUUGAUGAUGCAGCAGCGCUUCAAAUCAUGGACCGCUUGAAGAAGGUGAUGGGCCAUAUUGGCAUGUGCCGCUACAGGAAGGAUAGCUACUGGUGCAAGGACUAUAAAGAAAAGGUCGGAGACGAUCCGACGAAGCACUUCACCGAUGAAGAGCUCAAAGAAAGAGAUAGGCUCUUGAAGGAAGGUGAAGAAGCCCAGUGGUGCUUGUUUGAUCCGAUGGUCAGCGCCUUCUAUGGCCGCAUGUACCAGAAAACAAAGGACUCAAAGUACCUGAGACUGCAGCAGCUCUUUCUGGCAAGGUCUCUGGCUGCCAUUACUGGGGAUUCGUGUCCCUAUGGCCCAUGGCAUUGUGCAGAGGCCUACUACUUGGAGAAGGACACCUGGGUCCCAAACGACGACACACCGCUGGUCUGGACACAGGUUGACCUCAAGAUGGCACUUUUCGAGAUGGAGCGAAGCCUAGCACUUGUGGUGUAG